UCGCAUUCAAAAGAAAACAAGAAAACGAAAAGAAUUACAAAAAUGGAAACUGAAGUUGACUUUGGCACCAUAGCCUCAAAGAUAUACCGGAACUACGGGCAGCACUUGAAGAACCUUAAGGAUUGCUGCGUGUCCAAGACGGUGAUGAAGCCGCCGGCGUACUUUGAGAACCUGCAGCUGAUGCUGGACGAAGAAACGGCUGCCAUGACGCCGCCCAACGACCUCGGAUCGGUUGCGGAGUACGCUGAGCUCUUUAAGACCCUCGAGGAGUAUCCGACCAAUCUCCAGAAGAUGCCUAAGAAGCGGGGAGAGUUGCAGCGGGCCAACUCCACCCUCUUGCGCGGUACAGAAGCUACGACUGCGACUCUGACGGACCACUCAACGGCCAUCAACACGUCUAACAUUUCGCUGAGUAUGACGCGGCUGGAGGAGCAGCCCAGUGCCGUUGAGGUGUACAAGGAUUUCAGGGCCUUCCAGCGCAAGCUGGAAAAGAUCUACGAAGAGACCGCCGCCCUGGACACCACGGAAUCCAUUUACAAGCAAAAGCUGGUACAGCUGAAUGGAUUUGCCCAGCAGCUGGAAAAGCUUAUGCCAACAGGUGGAGAUGCGCCGCCUGACGCCUUCUCAGCCGAUCAGCAGGAGUUACUGGCCCUGGCCGCAAAUAUGGAGCAACUGAACUAUCUGCGCUCCAAUAACCUGCCGCUGCUGCAUCCCAGCGAGAUAAUGGCCAACGGCAGUGUGGCGGCGCGUCUCGAAAUGUUCGUGGAGGUGCUUACCUAUGCCCUAAUGCAAAUCAGUAGCUACAACAUGGCUUUGAUUUGAUUUAAUAUUAUUAAAAUAUAGAAGUGUGAGAAUAGAGCCAAUAAGAAUGGCGU